AUGCCCGGCUUCCCAGAACUCUUGUUGGCGCUCUCGGUGCGCGACUCGGACGCAGCGGACCCGCGGCUGCGCCAGCUUGAGGAAUCGAUGGGCUCGAUCCUGAUUGGCAGCCUUAUCGCGCUCUUCUUGUCCGGCGCCGUAUCGAUACAGGCGGUGCUAUACUUCCAGAUGUACACGAGGGAUUCGUUCGGGCUGAAGACGACGGUUGGUGUGAUUUGGUUGAUCGAUCUCUUCCAUUCGGCGAUGACCAUGGUCGCAAACUGGGAGUAUCUUAUCGUCAACUUCGGGGCGUGGGAUGUGAUGGAUACAAUCGUGUGGUCUAUCGCAGUGUCAGUAGUGUUGACGGCAUGGAUCACAUUCUUUGUACACUGCUUCUUCAUCCACCGCAUUUAUCGACUUAGUCGGGGAAAUCUUUGGUUGACCGUACCAUUGGCCUUGAUUGCUCUCCUUCGUAUCGUAUCUGCCAACAUCUCUACAUCAGAGAUGAUUCGCCUCAAGAGUUAUUCCGAGUUCGUCACCGACUACUCUUACGUUUUCACCAUCGGCCUCUCCUCGGCCGCGUCACUCGACGUCCUCAUCACCGCCGCGAUGUGCUUCUACCUUCGUCGCGGCCGCUCAGGCUUCGGCAGCAUGGACAAGAUCAUCGACUCCAUCACCGCGUACACGAUCGAAACCGGGAUGCUCACCUGCGUCACCACCACCGUCUCCCUCAUCUGCUGGCUUGCGAUGCCGACGAAUCUCGUCUUCCUCGGCCUCCAUUUUGCCAUCAGCAAGCUCUACGCUAACUCGUUCCUCGCGACGCUCAACGCCCGCAAGUCGCUCGUCGCCAAGUCGCAAGGCUCGGGCGACGGCGCGGAACAGCAUCCGCUCCCACUGAUGUUCCCGAGCCCGUUCGAACGCCGGCGCGCGGCCUCGCGCCUCGAGAGGUGGUCCCAGCGCUCGCACACGGAGACGCGGCUGCAGGUGACGGUGGAGAAGACCAUCCAGCGGCAUGACGACGUCGAGAUCGAGCUCGAACUAGCUCGCGAGGGGUCGAGGACGCCGGGGAGCGCCAGGCCGCUCAUGGAGCUCGCGGUCAAGUCGGCGGAGAGGGUGUAUUUGCCGUCGUGA